AUGCCUCGUACCUCCACUUCGGGUGAUGUGACUACUGGAUCGUCGAAUGACGCCACUACGGGUUCCUCUGGUUCUGUUGUGACUACCACUGCCAGCAGCGGUGGCAGUUGCUCCGCUACACCGAGCGGCAAGUACUGUGGCAAGUACAUGGUUUUUAAGGGUACCGCUACUAUUGAUAAUGGUACCUUUGACUUGACUGUGAGACCAUUGGUGAAUAUGAAGGGUGUUGAUUAUACCA